UCAUAACUGUUCUUUCAGUAUUCAGAAACAUGAAGAGCUUCCGACACACAUAUCUUCUCGCCAGCUUACUGUUUCUACUAUUAGCCACCUCGGAGCUAGCCUCGGGCCAACCGAACCAACCAAACGACCAGUACGGUUACAACGGCAAGCUAAGUCCCGCAAUGGCGGUAGCGGUUGUCGUCGUGAUCGCGAUCCUCUUCUUCAUGGGAUUCUUCACCGUCUACCUCCGCCGCUACACGGGAGCAGUCGACGACGGAAGCGUUAUUAAUCCUAGAGUGGUAGGAGCGAGGAGAGUGGCGAACGCGACGGUAGCGCGUGGUCUCGACGCGUCGACGAUCGAGGCGUUUCCUACGUUCGUGUACUCUGAAGUGAAGACGCGGAAGAUCGGGAGAGGUGCGUUGGAGUGUGCGGUUUGUCUGAACGAGUUUGAGGACGACGAAACGCUGCGUUUGCUUCCUAAAUGUGAUCACGUGUUCCAUCCUCACUGUAUCGGAGAGUGGCUUCAAGGUCACGUGACUUGUCCGGUUUGUCGCACGAAUCUCUCCGAACCGGAAGUAUUAACCGAAAUUGAUAUCGAGUCGUUACAAUCAGUGGUUCCUGAACCGGUGGUUGAGCUCGGUGGGAGUGUUGAUACACGUGUCAAGUUCUCGAGGUCGUAUACGACGGGGCGUUUGGUGGUAUCACGUGGAGAAUGUACCGAGCGGUUUACGUUAAGGUUACCGGAAGAUUUAAGGGAGAAGAUAAUAAACCGGUCAAAUAGUUUAUUGGUUUUACCGAGAGGAGGAAGCUCUAGAAGUUGUAAACCGGUUGAGAAAUCAAGGGCUCGGUCGGAUCGGUGGUUAUUUCGUAAAACGCAGUCGUUUAUGUGGCGGAACCGGGAAGAAAGUUCGAUUAGAGCAGUAGUAACAAGUCCAACCGGUGACUCGGUACGAGUAGACCGGUUUAAUUUUUUUAGAAACCCGUCGUUUCUGUGGAGGAAUACGCCGGUUCCUUCGCCGAGAGUUGAAGUUGAUAGGGAUGGUGAAGGAACAUCGUCGGUUUAUGUUAAGCAUACCGGUACAGCUGGUUCGCUUAGGUUACCGGUUUAAGUGUCUAUAACUCUUUUUCUAUCAAGAAGUAUUUUUCCCAAAUUUUAUUUGUGCAUUGUUCAUACAAAAAUAGAUUUUACGUAAUUCUUUAAUUUUCUUAGAAGAUAUUAGAUGUCAUUCCCAUGGACAAGG